AUGCAGCCAUCACAAACAACUGGUGAUUUACAUCAAGAAAAAAAUGAAUAUAGGCAACAUAAACCAGUUCAACUUGUUCGAAGUUAUGAUGUUAGUGCUCAAAAACGAAAAGAACAACAACAAGAACAAUCAUUGAUUAGAAAUAAUCGUUCCGUGUCUGCUGGUUUUAGACAAUCGAUACGUCAUUUGACAUCAUGUGCUUUAGCAAGACGAAAGCCUGGACGAUCAACAACAAUUAAUAAAGAUAAUGAUUCAUCAUCAACUGAAACAAGUGCUACUUUUGAUGAGAAUCAUCUUCAAUCACCUAAAGCAUUUUUAAUACCAACAGAAACUCCAUCAUUAUUAUCCUAUAAAAGAUCGAAUAAUUAUACUGAACCUAUGAAAAAAUUGAUUAUUGAUGAUAAUACAUAUGCUAUAUCAUCACAUAAACAAUUAGAUAAAAAGAAUAGUGGUCAUAAAUCGUCAUCAUCAACAACAACAUCACCAACGAAUAUAGGUGGUAUAGAUGAUUCUUCAUCACAAAUACAAUCAACUAUAACCGAUGAUAUAUCACUACCAAACUCACGUAAAUUAUCGAGUAAAGAGAUUAGUACAAGUCUAGCCAAUUUGAUGGGUACUGCAUCUGAUUCAGUCCCUAUCAAUAAUACAACACAAAUACCAACUCAUGAUACAAGACAUACAUCUUCGACUCCUGCUUCUUCAGUUGAUCAAUUAAGUUCCUUUGGUUCAUCAUCUAAUGUCGGUUCAGCUGGUAUGCUUGAUGUAUCAUCAAUACCACAACGAACAGUUUCCAUGGGAACUAAUCAUUUUACUAAUUCUUCAGCAAGUUUAAAUACAAAAUCUCCGAAUGAAUAUGCAUGGUGUUUUGAAAGUUCUCUCACAACUCAUGCAACUAAUGACAAUAAUUCUGAUGAAUAUUCACCUCGACUUGAAAUUGAUGAUAAACCAUUAAUAUAUCGUCAACAAUUUGAAUCAAAAGAACAUUUUAAUUGGUAUGGUAUUAGUGAUAUUUAUGGGCCAGUUAUUAUUUCAAGUAAAUAUGUAGAUGACCAAGAUAAACAACGAUAUAUUAUGGCAAUUGUUCGAACUCGACAACGAACAUCAGUUGAAUCUCUAUCAGAUAUACCAGCAUCAUGUUCUUCUUUAGACACUUUACGUCGCAUAUGUGAUCAAUGUGCUAUAACUGAUAUUGAAUAUUUUGAUCCGAUACUUUGUGAUGGAACUCGUGAUUUAUUAAUCAAAUAUGAUGAAUCACAUGUAUCUAACAAACAUAAAUUUGGUAUUAUUUAUCAACGUGAAAAUCAAUUAACUGAAGAAGAUAUAUUUAGUAAUGAAACACAUAGUAUUGCUAUGGAUAAAUUUCUUAAUUUGAUUGGUAAUCGUGUUAAACUAAAAGAUUUUCAAGGAUUUCGUGGUGGUCUAGAUAAUAAAUCUGAUCAUACAGGAAUUGAAUCAAUUUAUGAACAAUUUAAUGAUCAUGAAAUCAUGUUUCAUGUUAGUACAUUAUUACCACAUUCAAAAAGUGAACGACAACAACUUGAACGUAAACGUCAUAUUGGUAAUGAUAUUGUUGCAAUUGUAUUUCAAGAAACUGAAACAAUAUUUAAUCCUGAAUGUAUUGCUUCGCAAUUUCUACAUGUUUAUCUUGUUAUAACACCAUUAGAUCAUAAUGGUAAUCAAUUUAAAGUAUCUGUUAUUCAUCGUGAUAGUGUACCAUCAUUUGGUCCUACUACAAAUUAUUCAAAAUUAUUUCAAUGUGAUCAAAUAUUUAAACAAUGGUUAUUAACAAAAUUAAUUAAUGCAGAAAUGGCUUCAUGUCGAGCAAGUACUUUUCAAAAAUAUCAAGAACGUACAAAAAUGAAUUUAUUUGAAAAUUUAUAUCGAACAUUACAUGAUAAUAAUCGUCCAUAUAUGGAGUUUAUAUCAAAUCAUAGUCAAUAUAAACGUGAAUGUGAAAUUGAACAACAACGAGAUGAUACACAUAUGUAUUCUUCAUCGAAAGCAUAUGAUCGUCCUGUAGAUAAUUCAUUGCUUGGUUCUGUUCGACGUCGUUUUAUUGCACCAAAAGUACGUGUACAACAUACGAAUAAUACAUCAUCAUCAACAACAUAUAUUAUUUCAUCACCAUCAGCAAAUAAUACAAAUGAUUCAAAAACAAAAAUACGUUCAAUGACAGAAGAUCUUAAACGAAGUACAUCAAGAGAAUCAAUGUUAAUGAAUGGAAAUUAUGGAAAAAUGACUUCUAUAUUUUCAUCAUCAAAGAAUCAAAAUUCUAAAAUAGACAAAUCAAAUACUAAUCGUCCUGUAUUAGAAUCUGAAAAUUCUGAUUCAUCAUUAAAUUCUCGUUCAACUUUAAAAUAUUUAUCACCAACCAAACGUCCAACAACAUUAUCAAAUGAUCUUAAUUCUAAUGUAGAAUCAUAUUUACUUUCAACAACAUUUAAUUUAUCAUCUGAUGAUACAGAUCAUGAUAAUUCUAAUCAAAUAUCAACUGAUAAUCUACAAUCUUCUUCAAAAGAUGAUUUAAUUAAACUUGUUAUGGCAUUACAACAACAACAUAUAACAACAGUAGCUCAACUUAAAACACAAUUAACACAACAAAAUACGAUUAAUGGAGAAAAUUUAUAA